UAUGUACAUUGUUUACAAACAUUUCGCAAUGGAGGAUAGCGGAAGCGGUGCAACAUCUGUAGAAGAUUUUGGUGAUCCCUCACCCAAAGAUAUCUUAACUGAGGGUAUAAUCGGUUUACUCCACCCAACAAUAGAACAACUAGACGAGCGAGUAAGGUCUACAAGAAUUAGUCAGCUGGAGCUACGACAGCAUAUUGACAGUCUCGCAGAAGACUUAAAGAAGAUAGCUGAGAGUCAGCAAGUACCAUACGACAUGGAUGCGUACAUUAAGAAGCUUUUAAACGCAAAACGCAAGGUGAUGCUUGUCAACAGUAUUCUGCAGAAUACGCAGGAAAGGUUGAACAGGAUAAACCAGAGCAUAAGUCGUGAAGGGGCAAGACGCAAGGCACUCAUAGAGCCACAAGCACCCACAACGCCAAGUGAAGGAUAGAGUGUUCCAUAUCGCAAUAUGUAUUACUCCGCAUUCUACGUGGAGUAACUGGGCGUUGUUGAAAAAGCUACGAGCUAGUCAGACAGGGCACAGUUUGCAAUCAAAAGACAAACUGGCAACGACCAUGUCAACACCCCAGCUCCAGCUAUCGUGUGUUCCCAACAAAGAUAUGUGAUUUGCAUUGUGCAUGGAGCAAAUUUAGAACUGCAAAGAACUGCUAAAGAAAUACUACAACAAAUGUUGGCACUUUA